UCUUGUUGUGAAGGACUCGGGCCGGAAGUGUCGAUGUUGUGGUGAUCUCGAGCUGCUGCUGAGGCGCCUGGAGCGUGAGAGCGCUACUGAACUAACCGCCUGGUCUGCAGACGGACCGCAGGGCUGUUUUCGAGGCGGUCUCUCCACAAGAUGGCUCCGACUAAUGCCAUUCAACACUCUUCGGAAGCGGGAUGCCAUUGUCCAUUAGAGUCCGAGCUGAGAGCAGUGCUGCAGAAAAGGAUCAUGGUCCUGGACGGCGGUAUGGGUACCAUGAUCCAGCAGCAUAAACUCGAAGAAGAAGAUUUCAGGGGGGAUGAGUUCAAAGAGCACCCUCUUCCACUGAAGGGCAACAACGACCUUCUCAGCCUCACACAGCCCGAGAUCAUUUACAAAAUACACAAGGACUACAUGCUGGCCGGUGCUGACAUCAUAGAGACCAACACAUUCAGCAGCACCUCUGUGGCCCAGGCAGACUAUGGACUGGAGCACAUGGCUUACCGUCUCAACAGGGCGUCUGCAGAGCUGGCGAGGAGGGCGGCCGACGACGUCACCAAUCAGACUGGUUUUAAACGCUAUGUGGCCGGGGCAGUGGGUCCCACCAAUAAGACGCUGUCUGUGUCCCCGUCUGUCGAGAGGCCCGACUUCAGGAACAUCACAUUCGAUGAGCUCGUAGAGGCCUACUCGGAGCAGGUCAGAGGGUUAUUGGACGGAGGAGCAGACAUCCUUCUGGUUGAAACCAUCUUUGAUACGGCCAACGCCAAGGCUGCCUUGUUUGCCAUCGACCUGCUGUUUGAGAAGAGCUACGAAAGGAAACCUAUAUUUAUCUCAGGCACCAUCGUUGACCGAAGUGGACGCACUCUGUCCGGCCAGACGGGAGAAGCCUUCGUAGUGAGUGUGUCCCACAUGAACCCCCUCUGCAUUGGUCUGAACUGUGCCUUGGGGGCGACAGAGAUGAGGCCGUUCAUUGAGGCCAUUGGAAAAAGCACCACAGCCUUCAUUAUCUGUUAUCCCAAUGCAGGUCUUCCCAACACAUUUGGAGGGUACGACGAAACUCCAGAAGUAACAGCCUCCAAUUUAAAGGAGUUUGCUACCGAUGGACUAGUGAAUAUUGUGGGAGGCUGUUGUGGGACCACUCCAGGACACAUCAGAUCCCUAUCAGAAGCAGUCAAACACUGUCAGCCAAGAGUUCCUGCUGCUAAUAUCUAUCAAGACUACAUGCUGCUGUCAGGUUUAGAGCCGUUCAGGAUCGGCCCUUACACCAACUUUGUUAACAUCGGCGAGCGCUGCAACGUGGCGGGGUCACGCAACUUUGCCAAGCUGAUCAUGGCAGGAAACUAUGAGGAGGCUCUAAGCAUUGCUAAGGCCCAGGUGGAGAUGGGAGCCCAGGUCCUGGAUAUAAACAUGGACGAGGGGAUGCUGGAGGGGCCAACAGCUAUGACCAGAUUUUGUAACUUGAUUGGUUCUGAGCCAGACAUCGCUCGGGUUCCUCUGUGUAUCGACUCCUCUAACUUCUCAGUGAUCGAGGCCGGGUUGAAAUGCUGUCAGGGGAAGUGCAUCGUAAACAGUAUUAGCCUGAAGGAAGGAGAGGAGGAGUUCCUGCACAGGGCGGCCACUGUGAAGCGCUACGGAGCUGCUGUGGUGGUCAUGGCCUUCGAUGAGGAGGGACAGGCAGCAGAUACAGACCGUAAAGUGGAGAUCUGCACUCGGGCCUACAAGCUGCUAGUUAGCAAAGUUGGAUUCAACCCCAACGACAUCAUCUUUGACCCCAACAUCCUCACCAUCGGUACGGGCAUGGAGGAACACAACGACUACGCCAUCUACUUCAUCCGAGCCACCAAACUUAUCAAGGAGACAUUACCAAGAGCCAGGGUGAGUGGAGGUCUGUCCAACCUGUCCUUCUCCUUCAGAGGGAUGGAGGCCAUCAGAGAAGCAAUGCAUGGAGCAUUUCUCUACCAAGCCAUUAAGGACGGUAUGGAUAUGGGCAUAGUGAAUGCUGGGAACCUGCCGGUCUAUGACGACAUCGAUAAAGAGCUGCUGUUACUGUGUGAAAACCUCAUCUGGAACAGAGACGCUGAGGCGACUGAGAAACUACUGGUCUACGCACAGAACAACGUGAAAGGAGCGAAGAAGGUGGUUCAGACAGACGAGUGGAGAGAAGGGAGUGUGGAGGAGAGGUUGGAGUACGCUCUCAUCAAGGGGAUAGACAAGUACGCGGUGGAGGACGUGGCGGAGUGUCAGGCUCAGGUCGACCGCUACAGGCGACCCCUUCACAUCAUCGAGGGCCCCCUGAUGAACGGCAUGAAGGUGGUGGGGGAUCUCUUUGGAGCUGGCAAGAUGUUCCUUCCACAGGUGAUCAAGUCGGCUCGCGUUAUGAAGAAGGCGGUGGGCUAUCUGAUUCCUUUCAUGGAGAAGGAGAGGGAGGAGAUGAUGGCGUUGUCGGGGUCAACUGAGGAAAUGGAUCCCUAUCAGGGCACCAUAGUUCUGGCUACAGUGAAGGGAGAUGUCCAUGAUAUUGGCAAGAACAUUGUUGGUGUGGUGCUGGGUUGCAACAACUUCAGAGUGAUAGACCUGGGCGUAAUGGUCCCCUGUGAUCGGAUCCUCAGAGAGGCCAUCGCACAGAAAGCAGAUAUCAUCGGCUUGUCUGGGCUCAUCACCCCCUCUCUGGACGAGAUGAUCUACGUUGCCAAAGAGAUGGAGAGACUGGGAAUGACAACGCCGCUGCUGAUUGGAGGAGCCACCACAUCAAAGACGCAUACAGCUGUGAAGAUCGCCCCUCGCUACACUUCUCCUGCUAUCCAUGUCCUGGACGCCUCCAGGAGUGUGGUGGUGUGCUCACAGCUCCUGGAUGAGGCAGUGAGGGAGGAGUACUUUGAGGACCUGAAAGAGGAGUAUGAGGAGAUCAGGCAGGAGCACUACGACUCCCUGAAGGAUCGCAGGUAUCUGUCUCUUUCCCAGGCCAGAGACAAGGCUUUACAUAUAGACUGGCUCUCUCUGCCCAGACCAGUGCGUCCUCAGUUCCUGGGCACCCGUGUGUUUGAGUCCUACGACCUGACCAGUCUGCUGGACUUUAUCGACUGGAAGCCUUUCUUUGAUGUGUGGCAGCUGAGAGGAAAAUACCCCAACAGAGGUUACCCCAAGAUCUUCAACGACAAGACCGUUGGUGCGGAGGCUCGCCGAGUCUUCGAUGAAGCCCAGCGGCUGCUCAACCAGAUGAUUGACAGCGGGAGUCUGAAGGGGCAGGGCCUGGUGGGGUUCUGGCGUGCCCAGAGUGAUGGCGAUGACAUCCGCGUGUACGAAGGUGAUGUCACAGUGCACAAAGACGCCGAGCCAAUCGGCACAUUCCACGGCUUACGGCAACAGCUGGAGAAGGACAGCUCCAGUUCAGAGCCCUACCUGUGUGUGUCUGACUUCGUUGCCCCGGCAGACAGCGGCGUGGCCGACUACCUCGGCGUGUUCGCUGUGGGUGUGUUUGGAGCCGAGGAACUGAGUCAGCAGUUCCAGGCCCAGGGAGACGACUACAACAGCAUCAUGGUCAAAGCCCUGGCUGACCGGCUGGCCGAGGCCUUCGCCGAGGAGCUCCACGCUCGCGUGCGUAAGGAGCUGUGGGGCUACAGCACCGACGAGGCUCUGCAGGCCUCGGACCUCCACAGAAUUCGAUACCAGGGCAUCAGACCUGCAGCCGGCUACCCCAGUCAGCCUGACCACACGGAGAAGACCGCCAUGUGGAGCCUGGCCGGGAUCCAGGAGAAGACCGGUAUUUGUCUGACAGAGUCGCUGGCCAUGAUGCCCGCUGCCUCUGUGUCCGGUCUUUACUUCUCCAAUCCCAAGGCCUCGUACUUCGCUGUGGGAAAGAUCACCAAGGAGCAGGUGGAGGACUACGCCGCGAGGAAAGGCAUGUGUGUGGAGGAGGCGGAGAGGUGGCUGGCUCCCAUCCUGGGCUACGACAGCGAGGCGUAGCGUGUGACCACUCCAUCAGUAAAGUGGACCAACACAGAAUCAGGUUAACCAAUCCUGCUGCUUACAAAUGGCAGUAAAAGUGUUUUAUUUUCAGUCCUCUGUGCCAAAAGGUUAUUACAAACCUACUACUAACCACAUGCUUACAUUGUAUGACAUGAUGAAAAGCUCUCCUAAAGGCAUCCAGUGUUCAUUAACCGAGGGAUUCUUUUAGGUCUACAAAUAGAGUGAAAUGAACGGUCGGUGUUACAUCACACUCACGUGGGUCUUCUUUAACGGUUCUUCUUUGAUCAAGCUAAAUUGUCGGUCGCUAUUAUUUAUACUUAAUGUUGAGAUUAUUAUUGUUUUAGCACUCUUCCCUGUGCGGAGUUGGGCUUGGUUACUGAGCCAAUAUGCCGAUUAUAAAACAUGUUAAAAAGGACAAUACGUCAGUAUUUACAGGGUUAGGUCAUCUUUAAGAAACAGUUCAAUCUUUUUGAAAAUGUGCUGAUUUGCUUUCUCUACGAGAGUAAAAUGAAAAGACUGACAUCGAUCUCAUGUCUUUGGAGCUUUAGUUAGGACGUGGUUAGCUUAGCAUAAAGACUGGAACUAGAGGGAAACAGCUAGCCUAGCUCAGCCAAAGUGGAGAACAAAUACCUACCUAUGAACACCUCUCAAGCUAACAGUGUAGCCUGGAGCCCAAUCAGUGUGCACCUGUCUGACCAGGCACGAUGGGAUCAAACUACCAUGACAACGGGAUUCCAUGAACAGUCACUGCACCUGCUUGUGACUCUGUAUUUGCUAGUGAGCUUUAGGGCUGUUGGUAGGUUUCAUUUUGAACUUUGAACAGAACCAGACUAGCGCUUCUCCCCUGCUUCCAGUCUUAAUGCUAAGCUAGGCUAACUACGCUCUGAUUCCAGCGCUGUACUUUAACACACAAACAAUGAGAAUCUUUACAUCUCACUCUGACAAAGAAAGUGAAUAAUUGUAUUUCCCAAAAUGUUAAACUAUCGCUUUAAUGCAAACAGCUUUAGAAGACAUUGACUGCAGGUGAAAAAGAUGAUUAUGACCAUCUAUUAUGACUAUAUAACUAAUAUCUAACCAAAUAAUCUGUAAAAAAAGACUAAGAAUCUCUUCUUACAUUAAGUGUAUAUUUGGUAGUUCCUUUGCUCUCAACCAAAUCCAAUAUGUAUGAAAACACUACAUCCAUACGGUAAACCCAUGUUUUUCAUUAUUUUAUUGUUCUUGUGUAAAAGUUUGAACAACAUUUACAUUGAGGCAGAAGUGUACUGUACUAUUAUAAUAGGUAACACAUUUUCAAUGGUUUAUUAAUGU